CGCGUAAACCUUUGAGCAGGUUCCGAUCAGCUGGAACAAAACAACACAACAAUAACAACAGCGAUUCCGGCCGCACCGCGCACAGAGACAGUCGAGCCGCACCUUUCCUGCAUUUCAAUGAAUUUAUGCAUUAAAUAAGCCAGGAUCUGGAAAUUAUUUGGAGUUAAAUGCAAUACUUCCUGGAUGGAGUCAUUAUGAACAACAAAAGCGGGUGAUAUUUUGGAUUAAAUUUGCCGAAGGGAGAAGAAACAGGACUUUGGCUUUGUUCUACAUCCGGAUUGGGUUAUAUAUUGUUAUAUUUACUCCUCUACAGCCUGUUUACUUAAAUAUAUACACUCUUUUCUAACACGUUUACAUGUGCUCAUGGUAAAACAAACGCUGUUAGUUUGUAAAAUCGCGAAUAUAUCGAUAUUUGAUAAGUUAAUUUGAUCGAUAACAUGUUUUAUGCACUUUAAAUGCUGAAAUAGUGUUGCGGUUUAUGUGUGAUGAUGUUUAUUUAUAUUGGACUCCAUUUAUUAUGCUUUUCAGCCAUUUUCAGUAGCACUUCCCUAAACAAAGGAAUAGCUCCUAAAGUCCAUCAUGCAUGCGUUUUAUAAUCGUAAAUGUUUAUAAAUAACAUGCAUGCUCUCAUUCUUUUAUUUUACUAAUGAAAAUUAAGUAUAUAUAAUAUUUUUGCUUGGCAAACUGAAGUUGACCUACAUUCUGGCCUUGUUGUGCUUUGAGAGCUUCACCCAUAUGUUCUCCAGUCAAGGCCUGUUUUUAAAAGCGAGCACUGAUCUGGAACCUGUCAGAACAUGGAUCAUCUCAAUAAAUCAACUAGUGUAGUUAGCUAGGAUAGUAGCCCAUUUUCUCAUGCACUUCCAUCCAUAAGCAUUGACAGUUAGCCCAGAGAGUGAGCGAGCCCUGCCCGAUAUGUCUGAGAGUUUUAUUUCGGGUCAGACCUCGGAGGACCUGCUGGCUGAUUUCGAGUCUCUGUUGAACAAUGGCAGUAUUGAUCUCAGUGAAGAUCAUCAAAUUGUCAUCAUCUCCACUCCCGGCACAGCCACCACCAGCACUGCUACGGGUGACAUCUUACUGUUCGCAACGCCACAUCAUACAAGCACUGGGACCACCAGCCUGCCAGACCACCGGAGACCAAUUUUGGGUCGCCCGCCGGUUAAAAGAAAGUUGGAUUUAGACAGCGAUCAUCAGUACAUUUGCACUUCUCGAACCGCUUCACAUGGACCCACACCUCCAGCCACACCCGCACCUCCCAGAGUGCCUAAGCUGGCUGUGGAGAAAUCGCGCUACGACACGUCUCUGAAUCUGACCACCAAACGCUUCCUGGAUCUCCUGGCUCAGUCUCCAGACGGCGUGGUGGACCUGAACUGGGCCUCGCAGGUGCUGGACGUCCAGAAGCGGCGCAUCUACGACAUCACCAACGUCCUGGAGGGCAUUCAUUUAAUCUCCAAGAAGUCCAAGAACAACAUCCAGUGGCUAGGGAAUCGUAUCGACGGUGCGUCUGUGGCCAGGUUUCAGGAGCUGCAGAAGGAGGUUUCUGAGCUGACGGAGGCCGAGGAGAAACUGGACGAGCUCAUUAAUAAAUGCAGUUUACAGCUACGGCUCCUCACUGAGGACACACACAACAAGAAGCUGGGAUACGUCAGGUGUCAGGAUUUGCGUAAUACAGUCAAUCCUCCAGAUCAGAUCAUCAUGGUGAUUCGAGCUCCGGCAGAGACGGCCAUGCAGGUGUCAGAACCCAGCGAGGGUUACCAGAUUUCGCUGAAGAGCUCCAAAGGACCAAUCGAUGUCUUCCUGUGUCCUGAAGACAGUUCUGGCAUUUGUAGUCCCGUCACAGACUGUAGUCCAGCAAAAUCCUCCACUCAGAGUCCAGCGAAGUCUGACCCCGCCUCACAGGACGUGACAUCAACACCAACUACUCUGCCAAGCUCCUCCCCGCUGCCUCUGCACACAGACUCCGAAUCGUUUCUGGACUCUGACCCGUUUUCCGGCAUUUGCGCGAUGCCAGAUUUCGAUUUGUCUCCUUUGGACUCUGAUUUCCUCCUGGAGCGGAGCGGGGCAACAGACGGGCUCGGCCUCCCGCUGGACAGCUUCAUCUGCUUGUCUCCGCCGCACAGCCAGGACUAUCACUUCGGCCUGGAGGAUCACGAGGGCGUCAGUGAGCUGUUCGACUGCGACUUCAGUGACCUUGGCCCUCUGGAGUUCUGACGGACGCAUCCAAGUGCUUCAUUCCCAGUGUGAAUGCAAAACUGACUCCCUUCGCUUCACUUUUGAAUCCAGAUUUGCUCAGAUGGCUUUGAUCAGUGCUGAUUCACUUUGCUUCAUUUUUGAAUCCAAAUUUGCUUUGAACAUCGCAGAAUCACUUCGUUUCACAUUUGGAUACUGAAUUGCACAGAGGAUUUAAAUGGCAGCGAUUCAGUUCGCUUCACUUUUGGAUCCUAACUAGCUCAGAUGGACAUUAACAUCUCAGAUUCAUUUCGCUUCACAUUUGGAGCCUAAUUCGCUCAGAUGGACGUUAACAUCUCAGAUUCACUUCGCUUUACAUUUAAAUCUGAAUUUAAACAGCACCGAUUCAAUUCGCUUCACUUCACUUUUGAAACCUUAUUAGCUCAGAUGGAUAUUAACUUUGCAGAUUCGCUUCGCUUCACUUUUGGAUCCUUAUUUGCUCGGAUGGAUUUUAGCAGCGCAGAUUUGCUUCACUUAAUUUUGAAGAAUGCUGAUUUGCUUCGCUUCACUUUUGAAUCCAGAUCCGCUCAGAUAUCCAUGAACAGCACAGAUAUACAAUUUGUAUAACUUUGAAGAGUGCUGAUUCGCUUCACUUCACUUUUGAAUCCAGAUUUGUUCAGAUGAUUCUGAACAUUGCAGAUUAAAUUAGCUUCAGUUUGAAGAGUGCUAAUUUGCUUCACUUUUGAAUCCACAUUUGCUUUACGAAAUUUACUUAAGCAAAUCUGAACAGCACAGAUUCACUUCACUUUAAUUUGAAGAGUGCCGAUUCACUUCGCUUUAGUUUUAGAUCCAGAAUUUCUUAGAUGGCUUUGAGCAGUGCAGAUUUACUUCCCUCCGCUUUGAAGAGUGCUAAUUCGCUUCACUUUUGAAUCCAGAUUUGCUUACACAGAUCUGAACAGUGCAGAUUCACUUUGAACAUCGUAUCACUUUUGAAUCCAGAUUUACUCUGGAGCAGCACCAUUUAAUUUAUUAAUAGAAAUAAGUCACCUUUUAUUGUAAAUAUCGUGUGUUUGUGAAGGUUUUAGGAUGUCGUGAUCGUACAGGAAUCGAGUUUCGAAUAUAAACUGACAGGUUUUACGGACUUUAAUUUCUCAGGAGUUUUUCAGGUGACUGAUAACGUGCUAGUAUUCCGGGUCUGGUUAUGUUGCAGAGGUUGGUUAUGCAUGCUGCAUGAUAAUCAAUUAAUCAUCAUUUAUAUGAUGACCAAGAGAAUGAGACAGCAAAUGAACUUUUAUUAUCAUAAUAUCAGUGUUUUAUUCCUAAUCACACAUUCCAGACAAAUGUUCAUCAUGUCACCGAUCUAUAAAGUUCUGCUUCUUUUAAAGCAUUGUGGGAUUUUUUUAGCACUGUUACAGGAGAUGUUUUGUAUUUAUUGUAGUUCAUAUCUGAUCCUGGUACAGUAAAUUCCUUGUUGUUAUUAUAUAUAUAUAAUAUAUAAAAAUAUAUAUACAGUCAUAUAUAGUCCCCAAAACAUUCACUUGUGUUGUUUUUCCUGUGCAUGUGUGUACGUUUAUACUUUCCAGCCUCAUCUUAAAUAUUAAUCUUGAUAUUUAAAAAAAAAGCACUAUAUUUUUAUGUUUAUUCCUCUCUAGGGCUCUCUUAAAUGAGUCCAGAUAUAAGAAUAAUGUCUUGUUUUUUCUAGCUUUCUAGUGGUAAUUCCACUGUGCUUUUAGCCACAAACUAUAUGUGAAAGGAUUAUAAUGAUAUAAUGUCAUUUAAGUAGGUAUUUAAAUGCAUUUUGAUAGGCAGUUUUGAUGAUAAAAGGUUCUGAAGUUCACGAGGACACUGUUUGAUAAGCUUUUCUGGUUGUUAAAUGUAUAAAUUAAUGCGAAUUGGCCUUCUGUAUGUAGAUUCGCCCGGGUUUUGCCUUGUUCUGUUUUGUGAAGGCAGCUUUUCUUGUUUGGUUGAAUGUGUUCUUUGUCUGUUUGGACGGAGAAUGUCGUGUAAAUCAUAAAUGUGUGUCUCUAUGUGUUUUAGAUCUAAUGUUUGUAUGGCAAUUGUUAGGUAUUCAUUCGUUUGCUGUUUGUAAGGUCGAGUUGUCUGGGACAAUUCUGCUCAAGCGCUUGGGUGAGUGUGAUUUGCGUUUAUCUGGUUGUAUUAUAGCAAUAUUUUUGUAAUAGGGCUAUUUUGCGUGAUUGGUUUAGCUGUUUAAUACUUUUAAAACUACUUAAUGUGGUUGACAGCAUGUGUAUACUUUUAAGUACACAUCAAAUCUGAUAGGAUCAUUUAAAUUGGCUUCCCAAUUAUGGCUUUAAAAUCCAUUUGCAACAUGUUUUUAGUCCUUAAGGAUUUGCAGGUUUGGAUUUAAAGGCUGUAAUGAUUGUGUUUUAGCUGAGAGCACUGGUUUGUUGUUUCAAAUGCAGAAGGGAUGAUGAUGUUGUUAAUAUUUCCAGUCAGUCUGAUGGAUUUUCCUUGUUCUGGCAACAUAAAUAAAUCUUGAUUUCCUCUUA